AUGGUGUAUUUUAGUAACUUCCUGCUAGGUGAGAUUAUUUGUAAAACUGUGGUUUACCUGAGUAGGGUGGCACGGGGCAUCUCCAUCUGCACCACCUGCCUCCUCAGUGUAGUCCAGGCCAUCACCAUCAGUCCCAGGAACACCUUGUGGAGAAAGUUCAAACCACGCACUGCAUGGCAGGUUCUUCCCCACCUCCUUCUCUUCUGGGUCUUUAGCUUUCUCAUAAGCUCUAACCUGUUGCACUACAUCACAGCAGUCAACAACAAGAGUGAAUGUAAUGUUAAAAUGUAUGUUGGUUAUUGCUACAUGCUGCCAGCUCCACAAAUCAUCAGGUUGUUCUUCCUCUGCCUCAUGGCUCUCCGGGACUUCACCUUUCAGAGUCUCAUGGGCUGGAGCAGUGGGUACAUGGCUCUUUAUCUGUACAAACAUCACAAACGUGUCCUCUACCUCCAGAGCUCAAGGUUUGCCAAAUAUCCCAGCCCAGAGAUCAGAGCUACUCAGAGUACACUCAUUCUCAUGGCCUGUUUCCUGUUCUUUUAUUGGACAGAUUUCAUUUUGUCCUUCUACAUAGGGAUCACAUUGUCAGAGGAAUCAACAACAUUACAUGCUAAAAUAUUUCUAGAAGUUGGUUAUUGCAGUCUGAGUCCCUUUGUCCUGCUCAGCAGGGGUAUUCAUAUUACUGGAUGCUGGAGUGCUCACUGAGAACCUCAAGGAACUGCUUCUGCACAAUCCUUCAGGUAUGAAAUUUUUAUUUCUAGGGAUUGCCUUUCCUUGCAUUCAUUAUAAUAUUAAAUUCAUUAAAGUCAUGCAAACGGACU